CUAAUGCGAAACAUCAUAUUGACUGUGACAAUUCAUGCCAAUUACAAAUUAAAUAUUUUCUUUCAUCAUUCAUUUAAAUCCCUUAAUCGUAUUCUUUGAUUUAAACCUUCUUUCUAACCUAUUUUAUUAUUUAGGUUGAUUUUAUAAAAAUUAAGAUACUCAAUUGAAGUGGUAAAAUGCCGUAAUAGUAAUAAAAAUUCCAUUGUAGAUGUAUUAUUUCAAAUCAUGGAAACUAUACACUAUGUUUAUACGGUACCUAUGAAAAAUGAUGGUAUAGGAAAGGUGAAUAAACUUUUAAUUAGAUUGAUAUAAGCUAGGUGCACCAUUGAGGAAUAAUAGGAUUAAAGCAAAUGCAGCAUUUCUAUGUAAUUAUGAGGUGAUGCAAAUUCUACAACAGUUGAAAGACAACACACAGAAGAAACACAAACGGGAGAGUUCUCUUGCCACUGUCACAUAUGAGACUAUACAUUAUUUACAAGAUUCAGAUUGCAAGAAUCAAAGUGCACAAUCCAUACAUAAGUUUCUAGAAGCAAUGAAGAGGUUCAAACUGACAAAGACAGAAAAACUGAUGAUGGUAAACACUCCACCAAGAACAGAGCUAGAGAUACAGCUGAUAGUCCAGGAAAGUGAAGAACGUCUGACAGAUGAAGAAGUUCAAAGCAUUAUUGCAAUAGCUAAUGAAUAUCUGCCAGUCACUAAUAUUACGUAAACCAGAAAUAUGCUGUUAUAGUGGACAGUUAUUAAACUCUGGUGAACGCUGAGUGUGAAAACAUUGUUUAUCAUAAGUUGAGAUGUUUAAGGUACAUUUAAUGAUAUAUUAGAUAAAUUAACGUUUAUUUACUGUAUUAAGUAAAUUGUAUAUUUUUAAAAACAA